AUGAGCAAUCCGAGAUGCUUUAUGGAUAUUAGCAUCGAUAAUGUCCCUAAGGGGAAAAUUCUAUUUGAACUGCGUGCCGAUGUAACACCUAAAACAGCUGAAAAUUUUCGUGCUUUAUGUACUGGAGAGAAAGGAUUCGGUUAUAAAGGCUCAUUCUUUCAUAGAAUUAUUCCUCAAUUCAUGUGCCAAGGUGGCGAUUUUACCAAUCAUGAUGGAACUGGUGGUACAUCCAUUUAUGGUAGAACGUUUGAUGAUGAAGAUUUCACUAUUGCACAUGAUAGACCUGGACUCCUUUCUAUGGCUAACGCUGGACCCAAUACCAACGGAUCGCAGUUCUUUAUUACAACGGUUCCUACACCAUGGCUAGAUGGAAAACAUGUUGUCUUUGGUCAUGUCGUGGAUGGUGUUGAUGUGCUUAAAGAGAUGGAAUCUGUUGGUAGUAAUACUGGCAAGCCAAAAGCUAAAAUUGCCAUCACUGCGUGUGGCCAGGUUGAGCAAGAAGAAUAA